GGUCUUUUAUGCCGUCUAGUACACGGGCUGUAACACUGCCUUACUUCCCACUGGAUUCCUGCACACCGCUCUUACGGCGCACUGGCUGGUCAUGGCGUUGCGGACUGUCCAAAACUUACCCUGUUUUUUAAGUGUACUCGGGGUGUUUCUCCUCAGCAGUGGCCCAUACCGAGUCUUCUCAUGUCCGAGCCGCUGUUUAUGUUUCCGUACCACUGUCAGAUGUAUGCAUUUAAACCUGGAAUCAGUGCCCGCUGUUCUUCCUCAGACAACAAUCCUAGAUCUGAGAUUCAACAAAAUCAAGGAUUUACAGCCAGGAUCCUUCAGACGAUUAAAAAACCUCAAUACACUGCUUUUAAAUAACAACCACAUUAGAAGAAUCCCAAGAGGAGCCUUUGAAGAUUUGGAAAACCUAAAAUAUCUCUAUUUGUACAAGAAUGAAAUCCAGGCGAUAGACAGAGAAGCUUUUAAGGGGCUCGUCUCUCUAGAACAGCUAUACCUGCACUUCAACAACAUUGAGUCAUUGGAGCCGGAGUCUUUCUCUCAUCUACCCAAGCUGGAGCGGCUGUUUCUGCACAAUAACAGAAUUACUCAUCUUGCAUUAGGAACCUUCUCCCACCUGCAGUCCAUGAAGAGACUGCGCCUCGACUCGAACUCACUGCACUGUGACUGUGAACUGCUGUGGUUGGCCGAUCUGUUGAAGCAGUACGCAGAGUCCGGUAACGCUCAAGCCGCAGCUACAUGCGACUAUCCCAGCCGCUUGCAGGGACGCUCGGUCGCAACUCUCACUGCAGAGGAGCUCAACUGUGAAGUUCCCCGGAUCACAUCUGAGCCGCAGGAUGUUGACGUAACCUCUGGGAACACUGUGUACUUCACAUGCAGGGUCUUUCUCUCUCCAGCUCGACCUAGUUUCGUGAUCCAGCCGCAGAAUACAGAGGUUCUGGUCGGGGAGAGCGUGACCCUGGAGUGCAGUGCGACGGGCCAGCCGCAGCCUCGCGUAACCUGGACCAAAGGAGACCACACGGCCCUCCCAGUGGACCCCCGCAUCAACAUCACUCCUUCAGGAGGUCUCUACAUCCAGAACAUCAAUCAGGCCGAUGGGGGACAGUACACCUGCUUCGCAAGCAACAACGUGGACACCAUCCAAGCCACUGCGUAUAUUAUAGUACAGGCUCGUCCUCAGUUCACAGUGACCCCUCAGGACCAGUCUGUGCUGGAGGGUCAUACAGUUGAGUUUCCCUGCGAGGCCAGCGGCUAUCCUCAACCUGUCAUAGCAUGGACUCGUGGCGGCAGCUCCCUGCCUAAUGACAGACGGCACGUUGUUCUCUCAUCGGGCAGCUUGCGCAUCAGCCGCGUGGCCCUUCAUGACCAGGGCCAGUACGAGUGCCAGGCCGUCAGUCCUGUUGGCACUGUCAGAGCAGCUGUUCAUCUAAACAUCCUGCAAACCGUAACGCCUGUUUUCACAAGCGCUCCAAGGGAUACGACUGUGGAGUCUGGAUCAGAUGUCCAGAUUCCGUGCAGCGCGCAGGGUGAGCCCACACCUAUCAUCACAUGGAGCAAGGAUGGAGUCCAGAUUACAGAGAGUGGGAAGUUUCAUAUCAGUCCAGAUGGCUAUCUGGAAGUGCAAGACGUGGGGCUUGCCGAUGGGGGACGAUAUGAGUGUGUAGCCCGCAACUCCAUUGGAUAUUCCUCAUCUAGUAUGGUGCUAACAGUGCAAGUCCCACAGGUGAGCAGGGAGGGUGAUCCUUUUGUCUCGACGUCUCUUGAAGAGGCCAUUCGGAGCAUAAACAGUGCAAUAGACUCCACCAGGAGGCAGCUCUUUGACGGAUCUCCUCGUACCCCUGCCGAGCUUCUGGCUCUGUUUCGUUACCCCCGGGACCCCUACACAGUGGAGCAGGCCAGAGCUGGAGAGAUUUUUGAGCAGACCCUACUUCUCAUCCAGAGGCAUGUCAAUCAGGGCCUCAUGGUGGACACUAAUGGAACAGCCUACCGCUACAAUGACUUGGUGUCGCCACGUUUCCUUGAUAUGAUAGCGAACCUGUCUGGCUGCACGGCCCAUCGGCGCUUCAACAAUUGCUCGGAUAUCUGCUUCCACCAGAAGUAUCGCACCCACGAUGGCACUUGCAACAACCUGCAGCACCCUAUGUGGGGCGCCUCGCUCACUGCUUUUGAGCGCUUACUAAAGCCCGUCUACGACAAUGGCUUCAAUCUCCCGCGUGGCGCCACUGAGCGAAGGCAUAACAGCUUCCCUCUGCCUCUUCCACGCCUGGUCUCCACCACCAUGAUUGGGACGGAGACCAUCACCCCAGAUGAUCGCUACACACACAUGCUUAUGCAAUGGGGCCAGUUCCUUGACCACGACCUGGAUUCAACCGUUGUAUCCCUCAGCCAGUCUCGUUUCUCCGAUGGACAGUUGUGUACCUCGGUGUGCACCAAUGACCCACCUUGUUUUCCAAUCAUGUUCCCUCCUGACGAUCCACGGCAGCGGCGCAACGGAGCACGUUGCAUGUUCUUUGUGCGCUCUAGUCCUGUUUGCGGCAGUGGAAUGACCUCUCUGCUUAUGAACUCUGUGUAUCCACGCGAGCAGAUGAACCAGCUCACCUCCUACAUCGAUGCCUCCAAUGUUUACGGCAGCUCACAGCACGAGGCAGAAGAGAUCCGUGACCUGGCCAGCCAUCGGGGCAUGUUGCGGCAGGGUAUUGUGCAACGUACCGGCAAGCCAUUGCUCCCCUUUGCAACUGGCCCACCAACAGAGUGCAUGCGGGACGAAAACGAAAGUCCCAUUCCUUGCUUCCUAGCUGGGGACCAUCGUGCAAAUGAGCAGCUUGGGUUGACGGCUAUGCACACGGUUUGGUUCCGUGAACAUAACCGCAUAGCCAGCGAGUUGCUACGUCUCAAUCCCCAUUGGGAUGGCGAAACCAUUUACCAUGAGGCACGGAAGAUAGUCGGAGCCCAAAUGCAGCAUAUAACCUACAGCCAUUGGUUGCCCAAAAUACUGGGCGAGGCUGGCAUGAGGCUAAUGGGCGACUAUAAUGGCUAUAAUCCCAAUAUUAAUGCUGGCAUCCUCAAUGCUUUUGCCACUGCUGCCUUCCGCUUUGGCCAUACGCUCAUUAACCCCAUUCUGUACCGGCUCAACGAAAACUUUCAGCCCAUCCAGCAAGGACACAUUUUGCUGCAUAAGGCUUUUUUCUCACCUUUCCGUAUUGUGAACGAAGGAGGCAUCGAUCCUCUGCUCCGUGGCUUGUUUGGAGUGGCGGGAAAAAUGCGAGUGUCCACUCAACUGCUUAACACCGAACUUACCGAACGCCUUUUCUCGAUGGCGCACUCCGUGGCGCUUGACCUUGCUGCCAUGAAUAUCCAAAGGGGACGUGACCACGGUAUGCCACCUUACAAUGACUACCGGGUGUUCUGCAACCUGACGUCCGCGCAGACGUUUGAUGAUCUAAGGAAUGAGAUUCAGAACCCCAGCGUGCGAGAAAAGCUUCAAAGGCUGUAUGGCACACCUCAGAAUAUUGACCUGUUUCCUGCGCUGAUGGCUGAAGAGCUGGUGCCUGGCAGCAGACUGGGACCGACCCUCAUGUGUUUACUGGCAACCCAGUUCAAGCGUCUCAGAGAUGGUGACCGGUUUUGGUAUGAGAACCCUGGGUCCUUUAGCCCUGCUCAGUUGACCCAACUGAAGCAGACGUCUCUCGCCCGGGUGCUGUGUGACAAUAGUGACAACAUCACCCGAAUCCAGUCAGAUGUCUUUAGCGUGGCUAAAUUCCCUCACGGUUAUGGAAGCUGUGACGAUUUACCAAAGCUUGACCUCCGUAUGUGGCAGGACUGCUGUGAAGACUGCCGUACUAAAGGUCAGUUCAACGCCCUGUCGUACCACUUCAGAGGCCGCAGGUCAGCUGAGCACAGCUAUGCAGAGGAGAAACCUGCCAGCAACCUCACCGACAACAGCAGCGCUUUGGAAGAAGCUCUAACUGCAAUAAACAUAACUGUAUCACCAAAGUCAAGCACUGAACCCUCCAUUAAGGAUUUCCAAGACUUUGUUGCCGACAUGCAGAAAACUAUCACAAGUUUACGAAAACAGAUAAAAAGACUUGAAGGCCGUCUGAGCAGGACAGACUGUGCAGAUGAGGACGGGAGAGAGCGAGUAGAUGGAGAGAGUUGGAAGAAGAACCCCUGCACCACCUGUCAGUGUCAUGAGGCCCAGGUGACGUGUUUCGUGGAAAAGUGUCCGCAGACAGCAUGUCUGAAGCCAGUGACGCCCAAAGGCUCAUGCUGCCCCGUGUGCCUCAACCAGCCAUCACAACCGCAGGAUAACGAGCGCCACGUAUAACCUCAGGACACUUAACCAAUGUAACCUUGAGCUCAUGCCUCCAUUUGUUCGAUAGUUGCGUUUCAGGGUUUUUUGUUGUUUGUCAUGUAUUGGUAUUUUUGUUUGCAUAUCCUCAGAUGCCCUAAACAAAGAACCAAAAAUACACUGCCUUAAAAAGUGUUUGAACAGAUGAAUGUUGGGGCCCUGUUUUCCUCCUCAGGCAUGUUAACCGGGAGACGACUACCCAAAGUGUUCGUUUACGAGACCGAGGAUGGGCGGCUCCGGUCCUGGAGGGACACUUUCCUGCAGAGUUCAGCUCUUAUCACUAAUCAAACACACCAAACCAAAGUCUUGAAAAUUACAGUCAGUUGCAUUCAAAAAAUAUUUAUGUUUAAAUUUGAGAUUUACAUAUUUGAAUUGCAUAUCAAAUUUCUGUGCAUUUGGACUUCUAGUAGCAUCAAUGCGAUACAUAUUUGUCAGUUAUACUUCAAUGAAACGGGUAAGAUUUCUAAACUGAAUAACCAGUAACCAGGUUUAUAUAUUUAUCAUCAUUACAUUUAAUGUGUUUCAAUCUCAUACAUUCUAACUAACUGAUUAUUGCUUGUUCCAGAGGUAAUCAUAUUUUAACCAUGUUCAUACUUAUAAUAA